AUGCGAGCUCCCCGGACACCUGGGCAGCUCCAGCUCAAGGACACGAAGAUGCUGCUGUCCCUGGGGCUCCUCUGUGCUGCCCUGUCCUUAGGGAGCUGCUUUCCCCUGCAGCAGGCGUCCAAACGCAGCAAACUGCUCCUGGUGUCCUUCGAUGGCUUUCGGUGGGACUACGACCAGGACGUGGACACCCCCAACCUGGACACGAUGGCUGCAGAGGGGGUGAAGGCCAAGUACAUGACUCCUGCCUUCGUCACCCUCACCAGCCCCUGCCACUUCACGCUGCUGACCGGGCGGUACAUAGAGAACCACGGCGUGAUCCACAACAUGUGGUUCGACACCAAAACAGGCGUGAGACUGCCCUACUACACCACCCAGGGCAUCAGCAGCUGGUGGGACAACGGCAGCCUCCCCAUCUGGAUCACUGCCCAGAGACAGGGUUUGAAGACAGGCUCCAUCCACUUCCCUGGAACCAAAGCAAAAUACCAAGAGGAAGAAGUGUACAAGAAGUUGGUGGAACCCGCAUUGUUCAACUACAGCAACGAAACCAACUGGAGGGAGAGCAUCGACACGGUCAUGGAAUGGUUCACAGCGGAGAACCUCGACUUCAUCACGCUCUACUUCGGGGAGCCCGACUCCUCAGGACACAAGUUUGGCCCUGAAUCCACACAGAGGAAAAACAUGAUCGAGCAGGUGGACAGAACCGUGGGCUACCUGAGGCAGCGCAUCCGGGAGAGCGGCCUGGAGCCAAACCUCAACCUCAUCGUCACGUCUGACCACGGCAUGGAGACCGUGAUAAAAACCAACGAGAUCCACAUCGGCGCCAUCACCAACUUCACCUUCAAAGACCUCGACUUUGAACUCUUGGACUAUGGGCCAAAUGGGCUCAUGGUGCCAAAAGAAGGGAAAAUGGAGCAUGUCUACUCAAUCCUGAAAAAUGCCCACCCAAACCUGCAUGUGUACAAGAAAGAAGAGUUCCCAAAGAGAUUCCACUACGCCAACCACUCCCGGAUCACCCCGCUGCUGCUGUACGGCGAUCCAGGCUAUGUGAUCCACGGGAGGUACAAGGUCCAGUUCAAUAAAGGGGAACACGGCUUUGACAACAACGCCACGAACAUGAAAACCAUUUUCCGUGCCGUGGGCCCGGCCUUCAAGCAGGGGCUGGUGGUGGAGCCCUUCGAAAGCGUCAACGUCUACGCGCUGCUGUGCGAGCUGCUGGGCAUCACCCCCGAGCCCCACGACGGCUCCCUGGAGGUCACCAAGCCCAUGCUGCGCGACCCCACGGAUCCCCCGGCACCGACUGCACCGAUUAAAACAACGGAACCGAUUAAAACAACGGAACCGAUUAAAACGACGGAACUGAUCGAAACGACGACCUCUGGGGGCAAUGGUGAGCACCGGGACUCAUGGGGGGCAGCGGGAAUGGCAGCAGGCACCGGCCGGGAACGAACCGGGAGCGCACCAGGCCCACACCGGGAGUGGCACCGGGAGCGGCACCGGGAGCGGCACCGGGAUCGCACCGGGCUCACACCGGGAGCUCACCGGGCCCACACCGGGAGCGGCACCAGGAACGCACCGGGAGCGGCACCGGGAGCAGCACCGGGAGCGCACCGGGAGCGCACCGGGAGCGGAACCAGGAGCGCACCGGGCCCACACCGGGAGCGCACCGGGAGCAGCACCGGGAGCGGCACCGGGAGCAGCACCGGGAGCGCACCGGGAGCGGAACCAGGAGCGCACCGGGAGCGGCACCGGGAGCGCACCGGGAGCGCACCGGGAGCGCACCGGGCUCGCUGCGCUCCGCCGGGAUUCCCGCGGGAACAGCGACACCUGGUGGCCGCCGCCGCUCCCGCCGGCUCCGGGGCACCGGACCGUGCCCCCCGACCCCGCCCGUGCCCCCCGACCCCGCCCGUGCCCCCCCACCCCGCCCGUGCCCCCCCCGCCACCCCCUCCGCCGCUCGGUAG